GACAGAAGGAGAGCAGCAGAUAAGAGCAAAAGUCACAAAACAUGAGCUGAAAUGCUCAUCCCGUUUUUCAGCAGGCAGCAGCAGAAAACUUCCGUUUCCCGGAGAUUGAACCGUUGGAUCGUCGUGAUUUUUGGACAGCAGCUUCACAGCAUCUGGGCCAACAUUCUGGACGGUGGAGAUCGAGUUUUGAGGUCCGGAGAUAAGAGCAAAAGUCACAAAACAUGAGCUGAAAUGCUCAUCCCGUUUUUCAGCAGGCAGCAGCAGAAAACUUCCGUUUCCCGGAGAUUGAACCGUUGGAUCGUCGUGAUUUUUGGACAGCAGCUUCACAGCAUCUGGGCCAACAUUCUGGACGGUGGAGAUCGAGUUUUGAGGUCCGGAGGUCGGGUUUCGUUGGUCUGGACAGUAGCUAUUUUUCUGGUGAUAUCUUUCUUAUCUUGGCUCUAUUUGAUUUCAUACACCUUGAUGUGCUUACUUCCAAGGAUAUGAUGAAUGUGUAUGCCUCUAUUAUUAUCUAGAGAAGACUUUGUACUGCUCCUUUGAUGAUGAUAGUGGAUUUAAGCGGCCAAAAUGGUCCCGUUUUUCAGCAGGCAGCAGCAGAAAACUUCCGUUUCCCGGAGAUUGAACCGUUGGAUCGUCGUGAUUUUUGGACAGCAGCUUCACAGCAUCUGGGCCAACAUUCUGGACGGUGGAGAUCGAGUUUUGAGGUCCGGAGGUCGGGUUUCGUUGGUCUGGACAGUAGCUAUUUUUCUGGUGAUAUCUUUCUUAUCUUGGCUCUAUUUGAUUUCAUACACCUUGAUGUGCUUACUUCCAAGGAUAUGAUGAAUGUGUAUGCCUCUAUUAUUAUCUAGAGAAGACUUUGUACUGCUCCUUUGAUGAUGAUAGUGGAUUUAAGCGGCCAAAAUGGUCCCGUGGUUUUUCCCUAGUUAACGGGUUUUCCACGCUAAAAUUCCGGUGUUUGUGUGUGGUGUGUGCUUACUGUUUUAGCUGAAUAUAUUGGUGUGUGGCAGUAACUUGUGUGUGUUCUAAUUGCAUUAAGAACACCCUAUUUGUUUGCAUCCUCAAAGAUUCAUUCAAGUUGGGGAAAGUUUAGCCAAACGGAGAUUAAUUCCGCAUUUUAUUAGUUCCGUUUGUGGCUGUUUUUCCCAUCACAACCAAUCUCCAAUCUAGCUUUCUAGGAACAUUUACAAAAGGACUAGUUGACUCUUCCAUGAUUGCAGUAAAGGCCGUGUCUGUCAAGGCUAGACAUAUUAUUUCUCAAAAUAAACGAAGAUACCAGGUGAGUUGUUUCUUUAAAUUUGACAUAUGAAAAAGCUGCCCUAAUCCGGAAAGUGUAUGAGCAUCUUGCAAUUUCCUUGUAUGACAUUUGGAUGUUCAUACUUUAUUUGCUUCGAAAUGUUUCAUGCAUGGUCAUGAUCUUACAGUACAGUUUCUUUUCAUAGGAAGGUGGAUUUGACAUACAUUACUGAGAAUAUAAUUGCCAUGGGAUUCCCGGCUGGCGAUAUGAGCUCUGGAUUUUUUGGGUAUGUUGAGGGAUUUUAUCGAAACCAUAUGGAAGAAGUGAUCAAGUUUUUUGAGACUCAUCAUAAGGACAAAUACAAAGUGUACAAUCUUUGUUCUGAGAGAUUGUAUGAUGUAUCAUUGUUCGAGGGGAAGGUGGCUAGUUUCCCAUUUGAUGACCAUAACUGUCCUCCAAUUCAUCUCAUAAUGUUGUUUUGCCAAAGUGCAUAUUCAUUGUUGAAGGGAGAUAUUGAAAAUGUUGUGGUUGUUCACUGUAAGGCAGGAAUGGCAAGGAUUGGCUUGAUGAUCUCAAGUCUUCUUUUGUAUUUAAAGUUCUUCCCAACGGCUGAGGAAUGUAUUGACUCUUACAACCAGAAAAGGUGCAUUGAUGGGAAAAACCUUGUCCUGCCAAGUCAGAUUAGGUAUGUCAAGUAUUUUGAACAUAUCCUAAUGUACUUCAAUGGAGAGAACCAGCCUGCACACAGGUGCAUGCUUAGGGGAUUUCGACUCCAUAAAUGCCCUUAUUGGAUCAGGACCUCGAUUACAGUCUCUGAUCAUAAUGGUGUGCUUUUUUCAUCAAAGAAACACCCAAGAACUAAGGAUAUGCUGCCUGAAGACUAUUGGUUUAGUGCACCGAGAAAAGGGGUAGUGGUUUUUGCUCUUCCUGGGGAGCCCGGCCUUACAGAGUUAUCUGGGGAUUUCAAAGUUCAUUUUAGUGAUCGACAGGGAGACUUUUACUGGUAUUUUACUACCAUGAAGUUUAAGAAAAUCUCAGUGGUUACUUAUUGGACCCUGAAGUUUAAGGAUUAAAUAUACUUAAUAUAGAACCUAAGAGGCAUCUCAGUUUUUAUGAGGGUAUAACGAAACACCUUCAUUUUGAUUGUAAUUAUCUGAGUCUACCCCUCACAAAAAGUGCAGUUUGAGUGGUAAGACAUUUCACCUACAUGUGAUAUGUUGUGGGCUUGAGUCCUUAAACAUUAAAAGUGAAUCACCGAAAGGUGUGAGGAUUUU